AUGGCCGCCGCUGCCGAUGUGCGCGAUAUGCUGGACUUGCCCGCUGAGGGCCAGCCCCGACCUCAUAAGAAGCAGAAGGUUGUGGAGAAGCGACCUGAGGGCAUCACCCGUGAACUUUACGCGCUACUGGGCGAACGAGCACCGCCAAUCGCUAUCAACGAGAACAAAUACAAGGGGCGCCCGAAGUGGAUGAACAAGCUUCGAGUGCGACCAUGGCGCAUGACUCCUUUCACGAACGGUGCUAGAUCAGACGGUCUCGUCUUGAAUCACUGGCAGAGGAAGCAUGAAUCCACCCGGCCACCUGCGCCUGACGGAGUCCAGAUGGAUGUCGAUGGAAAGACCGAAGACGGAGUGGAAGAGGCUCCUAAACCGCUGGAGCAGGAAUACAACUUUGCCAAAUAUAACGUUAAGGCACGCGUACCGCGACGGUACAACGAUGAAGAAUAUAACCGACUAUUGAAAAGCGAUGCAUGGACGCGCGAGGAGACAGAUUACUUGAUGGAUCUGGCUACCGACUAUGAUCUCCGCUGGGUGUUGAUUGCGGACCGCUACGAUUAUCAGCCUCGCAUGGAUUCUGAGCCAGAUGCUAAUGCGAUCGUGCCAGCCAAGCAAGUGCGCACAAUGGAACAAAUGAAGGCGCGAUACUACAAAGUUGCCGCCACAAUGCUGGCAAUUGAGCACCCACCAGCCGAGAUGUCUGAGGCCGAGUUCGACAUGCAUGAAAAGAUGCUGAAGUUCGAUCCCGAACGAGAGAAGGCGCGCAAGGACUUAGCUUCACUGCAGCUCGACCGUACCGCCGAUGAAGUCCGUGAAGAGGCCAUGUUGCUAGAAGAGCUCAAGCGUAUCACAACCAACGAGCAGAACUUCAUCGCCGAGCGCCGCGAGCUCUACUCCCGCCUAGAAGUCCCGAUCAGCGUCGGCAACACAGCCAUGUACCAGUCCAGCCAGGGCUUAUCACAACUCCUUCAAACUCUCCUUCAAGCGGACAAGAGCAAGAAGCGCCGCUCGAUCCUCGGCCCCGACGGCGCCGUUGCCAGUCCCGCCGGCCAAACACCUACACAAACUGGCCCUCUUGGCCGCGCCGAAACGCCCAGUUCAAACCCCGCUGCCAACAAAAAGGGCUCAACAUCACAACCCCAGCCAAUGGUCCGUACGCUCACACCAGCCGAAGAAGCCCGAUAUGGAGUCCAGCAUCAUGAACGCGUCACAGCAGGUGUCCAGUUCCGCAGUGACCGUGCCCAGAAACUUACGCAGGCCAAGUCAAACGUACAAACUCUCAAACUGGCCGGUGCACUUGCCGAGCUCGAGAUCCCCGUGCGCCUGUUCAUGCCCACGGAACGUGUCUGCAAGGACUUUGAGAAGCUCAUUCAAGCCGUCAACUUACUUCUUGACGCUCGCAAGGUCUCCGAAAAAGUCGAAGGCGAGAUCCGCGUCUUGGAAGCCGCAAAGGCCGAACGCGAGCGUAAGUCUAGAGAAGCUGCUGGUGACUUUUCACACCCAGUGAAGACAGAGGCCGAGGAUGGCGGGAACAGCGGGCUGGACUCGGCGGCAGAAGCCUCCGCUCCUGCUGAUGAUGGUGAUGGGGAACGGGAUACGACCCACAAGCGGUCUGCGAGCGUAUUGAGUGGUGUCAGUGAUAAGAGUAACAAGCGACAGCGGCGGUAG